AUGUCGCACAAUUGUAUCAGAUUGGAGGAGGAGAUUGAGGGUGAUCGCGAGGGGACCUCGGAUUUUGCAUUCUUCAGGAUAGGCUCAUCCGUUCCUCUGAAGCGCGGAGAUUCAAGUUUCGAUUUGUCGAAACCCCCAGGACGUCCAUUGGCUGUCUCUGAAAAGUUUGGUGUUUUGUUUCUAGUCAGCGAUGGAGGUAAUUGUUCUUCUUGCGUUUGGUUAUAGGGUUUGCAAAGCAGGGUUGAUCGUUAGAUUUUACACUCGAGUUCGCAGGGUUUAUCGUGGUGAAGACUGUUGACGUCAUCGAAAUAGCGAAGCGCAUCAAAGAAAUCGAAGAGGAGAACAGAAACAAAGAGGACGCCGAAAAUCUGUGCGUUCAGGAAAAAAGCAUAUUGGAUGCACAGAUUGGUGCUGUUCACAUUUUGGCAGUCUCAACGGACUCGUCGAUUCUCGCCGCCACCGUUGGCCGAGUAGUUCACUUUUUCUCAGUUUCUUCACUCCUGCAAAAGGUAAGUAUCCUGCGUGCAUUGCUCAGCCCACAGAUCUUCUAGUUGCUUGUCCUUAACGAAACCCGUUAAUCGUUUCUAUUGUUUCUUGCUCUUGUUUUCGUAUUCGAAGAAGCAAGAGACUUGUUUUGUCUGUUCAGUAGGUGAAUCCAGCAAUAUAAAGGACUUCUUAUGGCGAAAAAACAGGGAAACAUCUUUUAUCAUGCUCUCAAGUUGUGGCCUUUUAUACCAUGGAAACAUGAAGGAUAAUCUGAAGAACAUUAUGGACGGUGUAGAGGCUGGUUUGUUUGAAUAUCCUUUUUUUUAGUCUUUAACUGUUAUUUGCUUGAUGCUCACAUCUACAACAUAUUAGUAUGUCACCCGUUUGUUAGAAAUUAAUUGUCCCUCUUUGUGCAUUUAUUUUCUUUUGUCAGAUUAUAUCAUUUUAUAACACGAGAGUUUUUUCCGAUUUCUGUAUAGCUGUGAAAACAGAAGAGGUAGAAAAAAAAUGUGCAUCAUUAACUCGGGAGAAUUUUAAGGCGGAAAAAAAAUAUACAUUUAACAAAACAGUUCAUGAGUAAAAAAAAGUAAUUGACAAGUAAACAUGAAAAAAAGCUUUGAAAAGCGAUCUCAAGUUUUUCUUGGUAGAAAAAGAAAUGUACGAAGAAAAUUUGUCAAAAAAGAAGCUGGUGCAGGAAGAUAGGUAAGCUUUGCCACUUUAUAGAUGACCCCUUAAUGUGGGAAGGAUAUGGGCAUAUAUUUUUUUUCAUUUCGCCCUGGGUUUGGAGUAAAUAGUUUGUGGGUCUAGAGAAACCUUGGAGCUGACAUUUUUUUUUCUUGUCACUUCUUUUCAUUUGUUACAUAAGUAGACUUGGAAUAAUUUAUAGACUAAAUCACACUACAUCUCAUUAUGUGUUAUGCAUCUCAUCUUCUCUAUAACCAAGCAGUGAAUAUUUUCGAAGUGAAGUGAGAUGGAUAUGAAAAAGUUUGUAUGCAUUCUCAGAUGAAGAAAAAAAGUUCGUUGGGUUGUGAAUAUCCCUGUAAUAUUUCAGAAUAUCAAUAGAUGGAUGGCCUUUACAUAUGUGCGAAUGCUUGGUUCUGAUGAGCGUAUGAAGUUUGCUGGUGACAGAGAGGAUAAGAGAUCAAGUUUGAUGAUGAAAAGUAAAUACGUGGUCAGAAUGGGAUAGCUCCCAGAACCAAAGUCAAAUGGUCGGGGGGUAACAAUAUAUAAAUGAGGGGACAGGUUGAGUAUAGACCGUUGUUGGAGAGUGACUGUGAAAUGGCUUACGUGAUAAAAAAAGUUAUUAUAUGCAUGCAGGGAGGCCAAGCAACUGAAUGAAUGGGCUGUGUGCUGUGCAGCCAUUUGCGGUUGCUAUGCACUUGGAGUUUAAGGACGUAGUGCAGGUGGUGUUUAUGAGUAGGGAGAUUUGAUGGUUGAGAUGUGUGGUAUAAAAAGUCAGUACGGUUCUUGUCAAAUGUAACCAACGAUGAUGGCAGGUGGAGCCAACGGUCAAUGGAAGCUGAAUAAAUUGGCAUAGGAGUGUACCCUUUUCUGGUGUAUAUUGUUAUGCAAUGGUGGUUUUCUCACAAAGUGGAGUUGAGUUAUCAUCUGAGGUUGCUUUAUGUACAGAGGAGAAGAUGAUCGUGGCUGAUGUAGAGGCUGGAGCUGGAUACCUGAGGGCCCAUUUGCAUUAUCUGAGGAAUCGGAUUCUGUUUAUUUUGUCUAUACAGUACAUACGUAGUUGUUCUUGGUUGGAUGGAUGGUAGGAUGCUGUUGGUUUUGAAGGUAGAAAGGUUAGCAUACAUGGUAUCAGGGUCUGUUUUUCCUCAUGGGAGAUUAUUAAAGAGCUUGGGUAAAUAUUUUGUUUUUUAAAGUUGCAUUUGUGGAAGGAGGUUUAUUCUUUUCUCUGCUCAGAGUCAUCAUUUUUGGGGACAUGACAUGGGAUCUGAUGUACAUAUAUCUCGCAUAAUAUUUUAUGUUUUAUUUAGCUCAUUCCAAGUCAAGUUAUAAAGUUGUUUCUCUAGGUUCAAUGGUUUCUGUAGUUAUCUCUAUUGUAUAUUUUUUCUUCUGAUAAAAGUAAUCAGUAGGCUAGGUAAAAUGAAAAUAGAAACGGUAGGUUCUAGCUCAGUCCCCAUUUAUCACCUUUCGAUGCCCUUCAAGUGUUUUGAGCAGCUGUAGUGAAACAGAAUGAAGCAGAGCCCUCUGGUAAUUGAGACACUGAGUCAAUGAUGAUUGAUUCUAAAACAUACUGGUCUAGACCUUUUGCUAACUAUACAUCAAAGGAGGGGCUACAAAGUAGUGGACACUUAGAAUUUAGGAAAUUGAAGUGUUAUUUACUUUAUACAUUUUCAAUGACCUUAUAGCAUAUGCUUGGCGAGUUUUAAUUUUUUGUUAAGAUUUUUUACCGGUUUUGCCUAAUUUUGAGGUUUAACCAGGGUUUAUCAUUGUGUGGAUAUUGGGGGAGGGGUCAGAAUAUACACCUCGUUGUUCCCUAAAUAGAAGAUGGAUGACAUCUUAGAUAUUUCACAUUAUUGCAUCAUCUCAAAUGCCUCUUUUAGGCAUCAAUACUUUUAUUUUGAAAGAGGCUUAAAGGAACUGUUUAAAUGACCUCAUGAUGUGAUCGUGAUAUGACCUCUAAAGUUUUUGGUUUUGCUGUCAAAUUUUAAUUACACCGGAAAUAUUUUCCAUGAGUGUUAAUGUGUUUAUUCUAGUUAUUUUUAUCAAUGAAAAAGGUUUAAUGACCGCACAUGUUGCAAAAGGGUGGAUUGUUUUGUGCUGUUUAAUUGAGCUUGCAAUGACCAUGAAGAGAAUGCUAGUGAGAGUUAUUAGUGAACAUCAGAAGGCCUACAUUUUUCUUGAAAAGCAUGGUACUAUCUCAUUCAUUUAUGCUCCACUCUCAUGCAGUUGAUUGGAGUGUGGAUGGCAAUCUUCUUGCUGUAGCAAGAAAAAAUGUUUUGAGCAUUUUAUCAUCCGAAUACAAGGAGAAGCUUAGCAUGUCUCUCUUGUUUCACCCUUGGACGGACAACACUGAUUUGAAGGUCACUGUAAAAGGUUUUUUAUUAUUUUAACUUGGUGUAUUUUUUAAUUUUAUAAUGCGUCAUUUCUGUGUAAUUUUGCUAUUUCUCUAAUGACUCGAUUUUUAGAUGCUUCCAAUUUACUUUCACCUAUUAGUUAGCCACUAGUUUCCCAUCUCCAAAAUAGCUAUAUCUUUAUCCUCCACGAUCUUUUCCCAGUAAAGAAAGGUCUGCAAAAGAAAUGGAACUUCCAAAUCUUCUUUGGUGAAAGUUUAGGAGACUGAAUAGUUAUUAAUCCCUUGAUUCUUAAUCUUAUACUUUCUCGUCUUUAUCCAUAGACAGAUUACAACUCUUUAUACAAUUUCUUAGAGCAGUAAAAAAUGCUAGUGAUUGACCACAACAUGAUAGAUUCCCUGUUUCCUAGUUCGGCAAUAGACACACUAAUGCCUGCGAACUAGAAAAGACAUACUUCUGGAAAGGUUGUGAAGAGGUCUGCUGAUACGAACCCCAUACUUCCACGGUAUUGAGAACAAGAGGAGAGUUUAUGACAGAACAGCAAGCAAAGAGACAAGAAAUUGGACUGGAAACCUGCAGGAGCCUACGAUAGUUCAAAGGACUUUGGAGAGGACUUCAUCUCUCCCACAGACUCAAAAGAAACUCUCCCUUUUCCCAUCCUUGCCUGGACCCUAGAACCCUCUCCGACUGUCAACUCUUUUUCCUGUGUCAAGCUGAGCCCAAGGUUGGCCCUUUUGGGCACUGUGCUGACCCAUUUGGCCUAUGGGUUGAGGCGUUUGGGCCAGUCUCUUUCUCCUUCGAAAAUACUUGCGGAUUGGUGUCGUAUCAUCUGCUGUCAGGUUCAAUCAAAUUCCUAAUCUGAAAGAAACCUAGAAUACAGGGCCUCGUGUAAGAAUCGAGUUUAGCCUGUCUCUACUCUCCCUUACUUCAUGUGGAGGUGGUUUGCUGCAGUCAAUAAAAAUAACUUAGGAUAUUACCUCCCUUUCCCACAGAGAGGGCCUCUUUCACUCCAUUCCUCGCGCUUUCAUCCUACAUUUGUCUAUGAUAGCACCAUCUCUCAGUGGCAGUCCUAGAGACUCCUGUGGAUCUAUUUAUAGAUUUUGAUAUGGUAGUAGGUCAAUUGAGCCAGCUCAAAUUUGCUCAUGAUGGAGUAGUUUGGAUCAGUCCUCUCCAUUACCUUUUAAAAAUGAGUCAAAACAAAAUCUCUAUGGUUCCUCAUUCUCUGUAUCCACCCAAGUUCUGGGUGUUUCCUCUUUGACUAUUUUUAUUUUAGUUCCAUAUUGUUCUAGUUGUUAAUUGGUAGAUCUAUAGGAAUUGCUUCUCUUAAACACAUGUUGUCAGUCUUUAAAGUUACAAGAUGACUAAGAAGCUGCUGUUUUUUCUUGUAAAACAUGACAGUGGAUUCCAUUAAGUGGGUGCGGUGUGAUAGUAUUGUUAUAGGGUGUUUUCAAGUUAAUGAAGAUGAUGAAGAGAUUGAUUACACCGUCCAAGUGGUUACUACUACAGAUCCUGGAUUUGGUGAGGUUAGUCAUAGUGCUACUUGUAGAGAGGCUUUCAUGUUUCUCUUUUAUUUUUUAUGCUUGGCAAUAUGUCACCUGCCGUUCUAUUAUUGAAAGGGGCUGAGUUAGCCAAUUAUAUUGCUUUUAUGGGUGAUUUUAUAUGUUGAGUGUCAUCAUUUGUUCGUUUAUUGAAUAUGGUAGGAAACAUCUUAGCCAAGCAAUAGGAAAAUAAUGCGUUGGAAUGCACAUUAGGCAAUUUUGAUUAUUUUACUUUUGAUGUUUCUGUUCCUCAGAUGUUUGCUCCAUCUCAUCAUACUUAGACAUGUUUGUAACUUCGCAGAAUGCCAUUAUCAUAAUAAGAAAAGCAUACUGUAGGAAACAAUAUUCAAAAUUCCAGAUUCAGUAUACAAAUGACUUUUGGCGAAUCAAAGGUGGGGAAAUAAAAAAAUCUCAGGAUAUCAUCAUUUGUGACCCAAGUUAGAGAGCAUCUUUAAUCCUUUUGGCCCAAGAACCCCUUAAAGGAAUGUGAAACAUGUAUUUGGAAUUGAAAUUUCUUGGCCAAAGUACCAUGGCCACAUAUGGUCGAGUUUUGCAUAGCAAUAAAAUUCCCAAAUUUUAAAUUAAAUGUAUAAAGGCCUAGUAUCCAUAAGAAAUUUUCAACAUGUAUAACCAAAAAAAUCAUUAAAUUGUAAAUAUCCAGAAUUGAUGAAUUACUAAUACUAAAAAAUUGAAAAAUUCAAGGAACCAUUUGAACCUCAUGAAAUUUACAAAGGUGGCCUUUGAUACAAUCCCCUCCUCUCCUCUUGGGCAAAGAAGGGAAAAUGAACAAUGUAUUCAAGAAAAACAAAGAAAACAAUGAUCAUAUGAGAAUUAGUUCGAGAGAAUUCCCCACUCUCCUUCCUCUUGUGCCACUUCUACCAUGAUACCCCCUUUUAUUCAUUGGGGAGGGUAUUUAUAUUAUUCAGUCCUUUCCUAUCCUAUUAUUUAUUAUAGAAGCUUCUAGACUACUCUUUUACGACGAACAUGUUAUUAGGGGUACCAUAUCAGUACUCCCCCCAUUCAAAUCCACCUUGUCCUUGAGGUGGAAGUUAAGAAAUCUAUGUAUUAUCUCUGAAGCUGCUUUUCAUGUUGCUUCAAAUUCUGAAAGACCUACCCAUUUGAUGAGGACCUCGAGUCUUGUUGUUGUAGGCCAAAUCUCUUGAUGUGACUCUAGUACAAGUCUCCAUUCAAGCUCCUAUGUUAAAUUUGGAGGAAGGGGUUGUACACAAUCCUGAAGUCCUACCAUCCUAUGUAGUUAUAAUACAUGAAACACAGGGUGAAUAGAAGAGUGGACUGAAAGGUCCAAUCGAUAGGCUAGGGAUUUCAUCUUGAAUGGGCGGAAAUGAAGGUAGACAAAGUCCCCUUCCAUAAAUUGAACAUCUCAUCUCCCUCUAUCAGCCUUCUGUUUCAUAAUAGUUUGGGCACGCUUCAAUUGGUCUUUGAUGAUAGUGAGCAUCUGAUCUCUGUCAUGUAGUUACUGAUCUAUUGUAGAAAGGGGUGAGGGCGGAAUGCAUAUUUGAUGAUGGUGGGAGGAUCUCGUCCAUAAACCACAUUGAAUGGGGUUGUUUUGAGAGACGAAUGGUAAGUAGUGUUGUAGCAAUACUCAGCCCAAUGGAAUCAUUCACUCCAUAAAUUGGGUUUAUCGGAUGCAAAACAUCUUAAGCAAGUUCCUAAGUACCUAUUGAUAACUCUGAUUGCCCCAUCGGUUUGAGGGUGGUAUGCGGUAUUCAUCUUUAAUUCGACACCCUGCAAUUUGAAUAGUUCCUUCCAAAAAUUGCUGGUAAAAAUAUUGUCACGACCUGACGUAUUUGAUCUUGGAAUCCCAUGAAGUCGUGCCACUUGGAAAAGAUGAGUGCGAUCUCAAGAGCUGAAAGCAGAUGUUUUAGUGGAAUAAAGUGACUAUAUUCGGUCAAUAUGUCCAUGACAACCAGUAUGGAAUUGAACCUCUUAGAUUGAGGCAAUCCUUCCAAGAAAUCUAUACUUAAGUCCUCCCAAAUGUGUGCAGGCAUUAGUAAUGAUUGUAGCAAACCUACAGGAACAAGUGAAUAUAUCUUUUAUUUUUGACAUGUUGCACACUCAUCAAUAUAUCUCUUAAUGGACUUUUUCAUGUCUGACCAGAAAAGAUUUUCUGAUGCUGUUUGAUAAGUUUGAAGAAAUCCAGCAUGUCCACCACAUGGGCUACCAUGAAACUCUCUUACAAGAAUUGAAAUAAAAAUAAAUUGAGCUGAGGUUACCAGUUGUUGUUUAUGCAGUAAUAUUUCAUGCUAUAAUGAGAAGUUAGGAUGUGCUUGAGAAUUUUUAGAGAGAUCAGAAACAAUUGAGAAUAACCUUGAAUCUUGAGAUAUUUCAUCUUUGAUCUUAGUAAGAUCUAUCAAUUGAAAAUGUGACAUACAUUUUUUGUAGUUAUGUUGCAGUAGGUAAGCGAGAUAAAGUAUCUGCCACUUUAUUAUAUUUUCCUAUUUUAAAUCUAAUUUCGAAAUCUAGACCCAUUAAUUUGAUCAACCACAUGUGAUAAAGAUCCAGCACGAGCUUCUGUUCAAAUAAAAACUUGAAAGGCUUCUGAUCUGUGCAUAUUAUAAACCUUUGAUGUAACAGGUAAUGGUGUCACUUUUGGACAGCCCUUACUGUGGCGAACAAUUCUCGUUCAUAGGUUGAUUUAGUUUGUAACUUUUUUGAUAAAUUUUAACUGAAAUAAGCUAUAUGUCGACCUUACAUUAAUACAGCUUUAAUGUCAUAAUUCGAAGCAUCUAUUUCAAUGAUGAAUGUUUUAAAAAAAUCGUGUAAGGAUAAUACUGGAGCUGUAGACAUUGCCUUGCAAAGUUGAUCAAAAGCACUUUGGACGUCUUGAUUCCAACAAAAUGAUUCUUUCUUUGACAGUUUAAUCAUGGGUGCUACAAUUAAAUCAUAUACUGCCACAAAACGGGAAUAGUAAUUAGUAAGUCCUAGGAAUGAUCCAUUGUCCAUUCUUUGGAAUUGGCCAACUUAUCAUAGGCGAAAUUUUUCAUUGAUCCAUUGUCACCCCUUCGUCAAAAUCUAGUGCCCUAAGAUAUUUCAAUUUAUGUUGACCGAUUUUACACUUCUUUGUGUUCACAUGUAAGUGGUUUUCAAAUAGUACUUAGAAUACUUGUAAGAAGAGUUGCUCAUGUUAAUCUUGGUCUCUAUUAUAGACUAAAAUAUCAUCAAAAAAUACAAGAACAAAUCAACGAAUAUAAGGUCGAAAAUUUUGGUUCAUUAAUGACUAGAAAGUAGCAUCAGCAUUCAUUAAACCAGAUGACAUUACCACAAAUUCGUAAUGGUCCUCAUGGGUUUAAAAUAUUAUUUUAGGAAUGCCAUCUUUCAUCAUUCUAAUUUGGUAAUAUCUAGAUUUUAAAUCCAAUUUUGAAAAUACUAUUAUAUCAUAUAGCUCAUCCAAUAACUCAUCUACCAUAAGUAUAGGAUAACAGGUGGGCAUAAUCAUUUUGUUUAAGGCAUAAUAAUUCACACAAAAUCGUCAUCCCCUAUCUUUUUUUUUUACUAAAAUUGUUAGACUAGUGUAAGGAUUUUAUGAUGGUUGAAUUAUACUUGUGUCACCAAGUUCGUAAAUGAUCUUCUCAAUUUCAUCCCUCUAAUAACGUGAAUAUCUAUAGGGUCUGAAAUUGACAGGUUUAGUUUUGGGGUAGGCAUGGAUCAAAGGAUCUUUCUCUCUUGUAGGAGGUAAUUCAGUUAGUGGAGAAAAUACCUGAGAAAAUUGGCUUCGAAGCAUACCUUCCAAUUUGGUGGUGAAGACUGUUUUUAUAUGUUCUUGAGAAGCCGUUGGAACUUGAUGUAGUUUCAGCAAUAAUGAUUUAUUCUUCUUGGUUAAUUUUUCCAUAGUAUUCAAGGAAAAAGUAGUUUUUAACAGACUUAUGUCUCUUUUCAAGGUUUUUACCUUCCUAUCUGCCACAAAUUUCAUGAUUAAUAGCUGCCAAUGAACAUGCAUCCAUCCGAUUGUUCCCAACCACUGCAUACCCAAUAUGAGGUAUGUGCUACCUAGCUGCAAAGGUAAGAAAUCUUAUGUAAUUGUCAGUCCUUGUAAUUGUAAGGUAACAUCUUUACAAUUUUCCUACCCUUUAACUAAAUGUCUAUUUCCAUAAUAAUGUCAUAACUCAUGAAUUCGUUUAGAAUUAAUCUUUCUUUUAUUAGACUCACACGUAUGAAAUUAUGUGUGGCCCCACAGCCUGUCGUAAUAGUAACAUCAUGACCAUGUAGGGUCCCUUUUGGCUUCAUUGAUCUUGGUUGUGUAAGUCCAACCACGGAAUUCAAUGAUACAUGGGCAGUAAACAAUGUUCCUUCCUCAUUACACGAGUCCUCCAUAUCAGCCCAAUCAGCUUCUAGUUUUUAUUGAGUCAGUUUAUCAUCAGAUUGAAUAAUUAAAUGUGGAAAAGCUUCUUACAACGAUGACUAAAUUCAUAUUUGUCAUCACAAUGGAAGCAUAAAUCAUUGAUCUUGCAUUCAUGAACUUCAACAUCUUUUAAUUGAAUAUGUCAGCUCUGUCUGCCCUACAAGGGAUUGCUGUCCACCCCUAUUUUUUUUUUGUUUCAUAUUGAAUUGUUGAAUUGUUAGGAUAAUCAGGCCUUCUCUCAUUGCUUCGUACAUGAUUUCCUCGUGAGGGAAAUCUUAUUGUUCUUGGUGUGCCCUACAUGAUAUGUCACACUUCACAGUGUGCAAGUACUCUUCAGCCUCCAUAAUUUCUAAUAAUCUCACUGGUUUCGUUCUAGAAAACUCAGAUUGAAUUUCUACCUUCAGAUCUUUCAGAUAUGUAUGUUCCAUGACUUCCUCUGAAAUCUUAGAAAGAAAGGUAGAGAAGCGUUCAAAUUCUUGUCUAUAAUCAGAUACAGAUCUUUCUUGGUUAAUAUCAAGAAAUCGUUAAUACAUAUUUCCUAUUUUAGAAGUUUUAAAACACCUCUCAAGUUGGAUGUGAAAAUCUUGUCAAUUCUUGAAUAGAUAUUGAUCUUCCGUCUAAAUGUACCAUUCUAAUGCAAUAUCAUCCAUGUGUAAGCUGGUUAACCUCCAUUCAUUCUUCUUAUUGAAUUUUGUUGAUUCAAAAAUAUCACUCUGCACAUUGGAGCCAUCCUUCAGGAUUGUCUCCUUUGAAUAUUUCAAGAUCUCCUUUCCUUGUAGGCUUCCAUCUGGAAUUUAAUUUAGAGUUGGCAAGAAGGUUGGUAACUCUGGUUGUGGAUUGGUUCUCUCUUGUUGCUCAUUUUAUCGAGAAUUAAUGACUGAUUGAGAUGUCAUACUUGUCGUUGGAUCCUUCUUUUCUAAUGCUAACAGCUUUUCACUGACAGAGGUUCUUGAAUUCUUCAAAUUUCUCAUCCAUCCAUUGAAGGAAUUUUUGUAGCAGAUCCAUCGUACAUCAUUGUUCUUCUUUGAUUUGUUCUGCAUUGGUCUCUAAUGCCUCCAGACGGUUUUCUGCAAUUCUUGGUCCCAUGAUUUCAAAACCUUGCUCUAAUACUGGUUGAUACGAUCCUCUCCUCUCAGACAAAGAAGGGAAAACGAACAACGUAUUCAAGAAAAACAGAGAAAACAAUGAAUAGAUAGGAAUCAGUUCGAGAGUAUACCCCACUUUCCCUUCCUCUUGUGUCACUUCUACCACAUUACCCCCUCUUACUCACAGGGGAGGGUAUUUAUAUUGUUCAUCCCUUUCUUAUCCCAGUGUUUAUUAUAGAAGCUUCUAGACUGUUAUCUUACAGCAAACAUAUAUCUUUAGGGGUACUGUAUCAGCCUUCUAUCAAAAUCCUAAGAUGCCUCAUUGUACUGCUGUGGAACAAAGGACAGCAAUAAAUGUCCAAAAUAACAUUCAAAUUCAACUAUGUAGCUCAAUUAAAAAAAUAUCACGGCAACGUCAUCAAACCAUUUUAUUUUUCCUACGUUUGAGAUGAUGGGAAACUUUACCUUUCAACAAGGAACAAAUGCUAAUUCAAAAACAUGUUCAUGUGCACAGUCUGUCGUUGUGCACUCAUUUUAACUAGAUAUUAGUUCCUGAAGUAGUUCAAAUAUUUUAAAUGUUGGACAGAGAGGCAGCAUUUUGUGUAUAUUUAUGCCUUUAAUGCAAAGGAUUAUGUAAAUUUCUAUGUCUGCAUUUGCUUAUGUUCCACAAUAAACCCUGAUAUCCAAACAUAAGGAAAGUGUUGCCAUUUAUAAAUCGUGACAUAAAAGGAUAGAUAGUCUUUGGACUUUGGGAGAGGAUGACAAUUAAAGUUGAAAUGACAGAAGGAAAUUUCUCAAAUUAUCUGACCCAUGGCUAAGUUCAUCUGCAAUAGUCAGUCAGAGCAAGGUUCUGUGUAUGUAAGGAACUUAAAAAGUAUUAUUAGUGUGAUAUUUUAUGUAGGGAACUGUAAAAGGUAUACUCGUUAAAUUUAUAUCUAUUUUUUCUGGAGUGGUCUCGAGAAAAAAAGUCUAUAAAACAGUUCUAUUGGAGUGUGGCGCAAUUCUAAUGCCAUUGCAGGCAUUAAAUUUCUUUCAGAGAAUUCUGUGUAUGUUCCUUUAAUUUGUUUUCUUUUUGUUUCCUUGUUGAAUUUCAAAUGAUCAGUUUUUCUCAUUCACAUCUUUUUUGUAGGCUUCCUCCAAGGCGGUGGUUGUUUCUUUCAGUGAUUUAUUUCAUGGUAUUGUCGAUGACAUAGUACCUUCUGGCAGUGGACCCCACUUAUUUGUGAACUAUUUAAAAAACUGGUAUUGUUACAUCAAAGCUGAUAGUUGUCUAUCUUCCCAUUUUUCUCUGAUAUGCUAAAGUUUCUUUGUUAAUCUUCCCCUCACUACAAGAGGUGGAGCCACUGUUUAUUCUUGCUCUUUGCUAGUGUUUAAUUCCCAGGUUAUGGUUGCAACUGUUGUCUAAGGAUUCAGGAGUCUCAUGUUUUCUGUUGUCUUCCAAACAAUUCUGUCAGUAUUAGCAAUUUAUGCAGAUAAGAACUUUUAUGGAAAAUUUCUAAGUGGACUGUUAUCAUGUUGGCAGCUAGUCAAAUUUUGCUUAAAAUUUAUCGUUCACUAGAUUGCUGCUAACCCUGGUCUAUUGUUAUGCGUAUGUAUUCACAUGUGGCAUUUUCUGAGAUACUCCAAAUAUAGGUGAGUCAGAUGGUAUUUCUCAAUCAGGUUCGCAUGUUUCUGUUUUCUUUGCCAUGUCUUCGAUUUUCCCUUAUUCACGGACGGUCUGAACUUUGCACUUGACAAUGUACAUGUUUACCUUUUUGGAUCGACUUUGGAAUACGCCAGAUUCGAACCUGGAGCCAACGAUGAUAUGUAGUCCUUUUUUGUGCACAAAAUUCUUUUAAAACUUUGUGGUACCUGACACCUUCAAAAAGAAUCUGCAUCAAGAUGUAUUGAUUCGAAAACCUGUUUUAACUGUUUGAAUUGGUGAUAAAAUCGUCUUGAGCUUCAAGGCCAUUCUUUUGGCAUUGUCUUCCCGUUGUAUCAGGUUCAUGUUGAACCAAACAACAGGAACAUGUUCUAUUUAGUUAAAUAUUUUUCGCUGUGCACUUUAUGUAGCCAAUUGAAUAUUUUUUUACCAUUUUAUGUCGCCAGGGACCUGGCUCUUGUUGCGAACAGGAAGAAUACAGAUGAACACGUUGUGCUCUUGGCAUGGUCCGGAGAGGAUGGAAAAGGACCCAUUGGCCUUGAAUUUGAACAAGAAAAAUUUAUUCCUCGGAUUGAACUUCAAGGUAUAGCUAUUUUUGAACGUUUCAUUAGAUUUGGCUCAUCCUGAUGGUGAAUUCAAAUAGUAUCGCUUCGAUACUCUGGUUUUCCUCCAUAGAGCGAGGACUGGAUCUCUUGAUGUUGUUUCCUCUUGUAGGCUUUAUAUAUGUUUCCAUUAAAGAAGAUUUUUCUUUGGAACUAGGAAUCUUUCUAGUUUACAUUUCCAUAACGCGGCGAUAAGUAUUUGAAGGAUGCACCUCCAAUUAUGGGAAGCAUCUUGUUUAUUUACCAGAAAUUUGCCUCCUAUAUACGUUGCUUCGGUUUCAUGAAGUAAGAUAGAGUAUCCAUGAUGGGCUGGGAAACUGGACGGAGAUCAGGUCAGGUUAAUUCUCAAUAGGUUCAAGUUUAGAGCUUGCUGGACCUGUCAAAAACUUUUAUGGCCCUUCCUGCACUCAAUAGGAUUAGGUGAAGCUGUAUCAUCUCACCAAAACUGGUUCGGUUCCCAUUACUAUCCGCAAAUAAAGAGUAUACUGAUUCCUUAAAUCUUUUUAACCCUUUUUCUCUGCAAAUUUUGUCUGCAGACUUAACCUUAUUAUCUGAAGGGUGGUGGCCCAUACUUCAGAUAAUAAGGUUGUAUGCUAAGCACCUGGUGCUUAAGCAUUUUAAUUUUAAUUUUUAAUUUUAAGUGAACACUUCAGAUAAUUAUAAUUAUAAUGAUAAUUAUAAUUUUAUUAUCUCUGGCUGCAUGCUUAGGCAACUGGUGCUUUAUAUCUUGAUGUUGCAGAACAAAGUAUCUUACCAGUGUUUGACGCUGUAUAUCAUUGCCGUUGGGAUUAGUCCCCUUACAUUGUAUCCUUCUCUCCUGUUGUUGUUUAGCCGACAAUCAUGAGGUAGGUGUGGUUAACAAUUUGUUUCAGACAGAAUAUUACAUGUUAACAAGGCUUCCCUUUGUGUUCACUGUUUUUUUAAAAAUGUUAGAACUUUGUGGUAAUAUAUAGUUAAUUUUCCUAAUGGGCAAUCAUGCUGAUGUCUGAUCACAAAACUUUUCCCUGUAGUUUUGUAAGCGCAUCAAUGAUUUUAUACUUCUCUCAGUAUUUAAAUAAUCGGGAUUAAUCAGGUAUGAUUGGCGAACUCGAAUACACCUUGAAAUGAAAAAUGUGGAUUGUUUUCACUUCUAUUGUAUGAAGGAUUCAACGUUGACAUUGUGUUUUACAGUUUUUUCUUAAUAUUGGUUCUCUACUAAUAUUUUUAUGGUCUAAUGAGGAUAUCUCCUUUCAGAAAGCCGUGAUGAGAAUCUUCUAUUGGGAUUUGAUAUUGACAGAGUAUCUAUACACGAGAAGCUUGAGCUCAUAAUAGAUUCGGAAGUCAAGGUUCUCUCUCCUCAUUGUGUCCUGUUGUGCCUUUCUUGUGAGGGGAAGAUCAUUAUGUUUCAUGUUGCUAGGUAAACAUACGCCUUAAUGAUGUAUGUUAAUUAUAUCACUUUUUAUCAGUAAAGUCUGAAGUGCCACUGUGAUCCUAAAUCUCCUGGAAAUCCUGGAAUAUGAUUACUGGCACCUUUGAAAUUUCUAUUUGGUGUUAUUUGUAGGGUUUCGGAGCCUGCUUGUUCCCAAGAAAUUUUAAAGGCCCCUUCCAAAGAUGAUUUUUCUUCUGUUGUGCCUUUAUCGGCCGAGUCAACUUCAUCCACUAUUGGAUUCAAGGAUGAGCAAGGUGUGCCUAUAGAUGCUAAACUGAAGGAAAGCAGUUCUAAUGUACCAGCCAUAAAUAUUGGUAACUGUUCUACGACCUCUUGUUAACAUGCAAUAGUACUUUGAACUUUGCUUUACUGUCCUUGGGACAGAUUUACUUUUUCAUUGUGGUGGAUAUUCUGGAUAGUAAUCAAUCACAAUAUUACCAUCAUGAAUAUUUUUUUGAGACUGUUGCUAUCAGCUCUCGCAGGUCAGGCGUCGGGAACCUUUGGUUCUGUACGUUCUUCCACAGUGCUGGGGCAGGCCAAUAUUUCUCCAGCCAGGAAUGAAAAGACUGAACAAAUUGCGCGGUUUUCUGCUGAAUCAUCUCUUAAACAAGGAAUUAACUCAACAGGAAUGAAGUCUGGGACUUAUGUGUCUCUCUUAGGCAGCCAAAGAAGUGAAGCAUCCAGUACCAUGGAAUCAAGCACAGUUUUUUCUAAGAACAAAGGUGGUCCAACAUCUGUUAUCCCAGAUAACCUCCCUAUUACUCCUUUGGGAGUAGAGUCCGUCGGAAAAUCCAGUGUUUCUGAUGGAACUAUGUUGAAAUCUUCCUUAUAUUCAUAUGAAUCUACGCUGGGUGAUUCCCAAGGAGCUGUCGGAUCCCAGAGAAAGACUAUCAGCCAGGGUUUUUCAAGCGUAAUUCAACCAAGUGUUAAGCUCCCCCAGGAAUCUGGUGGUUUCACGUCAUUUUUGGAUAGUACAAGAGCUCCCUUAAGAUCAGGAUAUAUUGAACCUGUUCCUGCCUUGGGGAUCCCUUCAACUUCGUCAAAGGAGAAUAUUACUCAUGGAAAGUUCCUCAUCUCGAACACGCAGGAUGCAGGAGGUGGUCAUAAAGCUUACAGGUUUCCUGGAAUGCAAGAGUCUGAGACGAAGUUAAUAAAGCAAUUUUACAGUGUAUGAUUGUCUUGGCCACUAUGCACCUUUACUGUUUAAAUAAUUUUCAGUUGUAAUAUUAUUUCACUCUUUUUCCAGAUUUUGUAUUUGAGAGGAAUAAUUAAGCAAUAAUUCAUUGGAACACUGUUUCUUUUUCUUUUUCAUGCACACCACUUUUUUGGAUUGUUUACUGGUAUGAUUUUUGGCAUAUUUCAAUAAAUGUCAUGGUCAUUGACUCAAUUUUAUUACAGUACAUUCCAUGUAGGUGGUCAAAAAUUUCUGUGUACGACUGGAUACAACUGCAUACAACCUCCCUAUUACAUUGCAUCUUUUGGUGAUGCCCCAUUCUUUCCCUCUAAUACUGGAUUGGAAGAGAACAGUCUGUGUCAGUCUUAUAGAUAAAAUCCUUCAUGACCUGUGUUGCUUUCUCAUUGUCUUUUAAGCAUUGCUGAUGCAAUAAUAGGAUGAGUGUUCCAUGUAUAGAUUUGCUGCACUAGAGCAGUAUAACCAUGUCUUGAGAAACCAUUAUCAGGGCGGUGUAUCAUUUCUCCGGCUAAAAAUUGGGUGUGCCGGUGCAUCAUCUCUUAUGGAUAUUUCCAAAAGAGCCAAAGACUCUGGACUCUAGUUUAGUUUGGAUUUACCGGAUGAUGCUUAUUUGCUCCCUUCCUCAUCAGGAUCAUUAUUCAUCAUGAGAAUGUUUAUGCCAUGCCUAUACUUCGCUCUUGCUGUAAGUUUUUUCAUUCACUGUUUCACUCGUAUUUGUGUUCAGGUGGAUGAUAUGACAAAAGAACUUGACGAACUACUAGCGGGCAUAGAACAAGAGGGCGGUCUCAGGGAUGCGUGUACUGUCAUCCAGAGAAGUUCGGUGCUGUCUUUGGAGGAAGGCGUAAAUAAACUAUCAGAGAAACUCAGGAUGUGCAAGGUGAUGAGUGCCUUCCCCACCCACACAUCACUUGUGAAAGAGAAUACCUUUUUUAUCAUUUCUGUCGCUUAGAAAGGUUAAUGCGACUGUGUUGCAUUCUUGUUUAUUGGUAUAACAAUUAAUUGCUUAUCAGGCACUGAGUUUAGUGCAUGAUUGUUUAUAGUAGAUAGCUUGUCCCACAUGUCAUCACAAAGGAAAAAAAUUGUUGAGCUUGGUUUAGCAUUCCUGAAACUAAGGCCUCACCAUUGACACAUUGACGUGGCAGAAAAAAUCCAGUAGACUCCGCAGUUAUGAUUCAAAUAAAAUACUAAAAUAUAUAUCUCCUGAUUUGAGGUUGGAAGAUGCAUCACCUGCUGUCUCAGGGCAUUAAAGUCACCUCACAAAAUUGAAGUUCCUCUGGAAUAUAAUAAAGUAUUGUGGCUUACUUUUUAACUAAAUUCCCCUUAGCCAUGUUUUAUCGUACCACAAUCCUCGAGCUCCUCCCAUCUGCACCUUCCCUUAGAAGCCUGCCAUUUCUCCCUUUUGUUUUCGUGAGUUGUCAGACAUCAAUUCUAGAGGUUCUGUCUAUUUGGUGCAUAGACAUGAGAAUUUUCCAAGUUUGAAACAGACUUGUCGCAUCUCAAUUGACUCAGUUUGGCUACUCUUCAUUCCUAGAUGUUCACUUUCAUUGGUGUGGACUGUUGUUACCAAAAUGUUCCAGGAAUUAUACGUAUGCAACCUUUUUAAAUGUAAGCUUAUUAGGCUGAGUGGGUUUCUUGUGAAACUUCUUUCCAUUGAUGUGCAACAGGUUAUUUUCUUUGUAAUAAUGUUGUUUCCCUCUCUUUUCACUUUACUUAUGCAUCUCUACUUUUGAGCUGAUAAGAUUUUUUGAUGUUUGACUCAGGUCAAAGUAGAGGAACAGCUGAAAGAGAUCCAACAACUUCAGGACAAAAGGAUGCAAGGUUUGUUGUUUGCACUUUAAGCCUGGCUCAUGAACGCAACCCAAGCAUAAGUUUUCUUGUUUUUCAUUCGCUUUUUUUUUGUUUAAGAGUGUUUUCUUACGUUAUAUAUGGAGAAGACAAAAAAAAUAUGAAAGACACCAAUCUCUCAACCUUAUUCCUUUUUAUCCUUUUUUUUCCAUUACUUUCUCCGAAAAUGUUUUAUUUUUAUUUUUAGGUACUAAUUGAACCAAUAUAGCUCUCUAAGGUGGACUUGACCAGAUAGGACUCUGGAUUCAACUCUAUAAGCACGAAAACUGAGCUAGAUCAAAUCGAAUUGAUUCCUUUAAUUUGCUAAAAAAGAGGAUAUAUUCUUAUGCACUUUUAAUCAAAAAGCGAUAAAUUAGACUUUGGUGUAGAUUUCCUAUACGCGUGGACCACAUAUCCAUCCAUUCCUCUUCUCUUUCCCGUUUGUGCAGUGGAGCCAGUGGGCUGGUGGGAUGGGAGGGGACUGACAGUGUCACUAUCCGUAAGGCUUGAGGUUACUCCAGUCGGCUCUGGUCAAUUUGGGAACGAACCCUAGUCUUGAGACAUGUGUAAUUGAUUCUUAAUAGAGAUUUCUCUACUAGUAGAAGCCACAUAUCAAACAUCAGAACCAUUAGACAAAUUUUCUCAUGAAUUCUUGCUCACUGCAACUCAGUCCUACUCACUCAAGUCGGAUUGUUUUUUCAAGAUUUCCAUCUCCAAUGUAUGCUAGGUUAAGGUGAGUUGCGAGUGGUAAUGUCAGAGUUUGUUAACAGAAACUAAUUAUUUAAAGUGCGUUUUAUCUGUGGACCUGUCGGAGUUAGCCCAAAUUGGUCUGUCUGCUUGAAUUCGUGCCAUUACAGUAUGUUUUAACUCUGUUUUUCACUUUCUAAGUUUUAAGAACACCCAUUUCAAAGACAACCUGAGAUGAGUAUGUUUCCAUUUAGCAUCAUUGAUCCACGGAUUGUACUAUUUAUUUCUGGUCCCUGACUGUGUUAAUGCACACUAGUUUUCUCGUUAUAUCUACUUUCUUUGUGUUGUUAUGACUUUCGGAGCUGCAGAAUCUUUACACUAAUCCUCCGUGUUAUAUGCCAUAAUGCCAAGCUAGUCAUUAGCAGUUUUGUCAAAAAAACUUCUUGACUCAAUUAUGGUAAAGAUGAGCCUGUGUUGUUGCACGUGGUAUUCCAUGCAUUUGGAUAUAGUGAUUUGCCAUUAGUAUCGUAAUUUUAUUGCUCACAUCAGUUGAUUUUUUUUUUCAAGUUACACGAUUUCAUUGUCAGUCGUACAAAUUAACUGCGGUCAUUUGGCAGUGUUGGCAGCUUUUACUAAAAAAUGAGGGCAGAAUGCGAAAGUGGAUAUGUUAAAAGCGAACUUUUUCUGAGGCUUUUAAAUGAAUUUAUUCUGUUCAUGUGCCACAUUUUUUUAAUAUGGUUGUGAUGUGAAAUCACUUACUAUAGCUAGUACGAAACUGAUGGUAUCUUGGAUGGUACAUUUUUAAAUCUGAACUUCAUAAACGAAACUUUGAUGCUGUCACUGAUAUCUGCCUGAUUGUUUUUUUUUCGUAGGAAUCACAAUUAGCGCCUGAACUAUCUUUUUUUUGUUAUUUUGAUUCAGUAUCUGCUAGGCAAAUUUAUAUGGAAGGAUUAGUUAAGCAAGCUUCUAAUGGUCAGUAUUGGGACCUAUGGAACUGUCAGAAGUUGGGUCCUGAAUAUGAAGUGAAGCAGCAGCGGAUUUCCAAGCUGAAUCAUGUAAAUUUAGAAUGAGCUCCUUUUUUUAGUUUUGCAGUAUAAUGUUGAUCAUUUUUACCUCUUGCAGGCUUUGGUUAAUGAACUUGUGGAACUAGAAAGACAUUUCAAUGCUCUUGAACUUAGGAAACAUGGUGAAAGCGGUACAUCUAUUAAUGGUCGGAGAGCAUUACGAGAUACUUUGGGUUCCCCAAGGUAUUAAGCUCAUUUUCCUUGGUCACUAGAUCUACAUGAAUAUAUGCAGCGGAUGCUGUCAUGCCAGUGAUUGGGUCACUAAGAUUUGAAUAUGUACAUUUCUUUACCUAUGCUUAUACAGACUUGGAAGGAUUAUAAUUUCUUUCACGGAAGAGUAUUAUGUUUUAGUGACUAAAUGUCGUGUUGUUAUCAAGACCAUUCUAAGAUAUCUAAAAAUAAUAUGUCAGAUUUAUAGCAUAAGCUUUAUAAUUGAUCUAUUGGCAAAUGAACUAUGAAACGACUCAAUUUGCAAUUAAGCCCAUUCUAAGGAGGUUUUCUAUCAAUAUCAUCCCAAAAAAAUCAUCAAGGCCUUUUCAAUUGCAUUAUUGUUCAAUUGGUCUUUAGAGAACGAUAGAGUUCAUUAUUAUAAAAAAGUGAAGACAGUUCCAAAAAGCCUCACUUUUUUUAGCAAACUAUGAUGAGAUGCCGUUGGAGAUCCCCCAUCACUUGUUCGCUCCUGUCUAUCCCUUUACACUUUUUGACAUUUCCACUUGUGUUCAAAGAGUUUGUCCAUUGCUUGACACAGAAUAAUUUUCUCUUUUGAGAAAAAGCUGGAAUGGAAGACGGGUGCGACUUUUAUUCCUUGAUAUGGAGUUCAUUUUCGGGUCUUUUCCUCGUUGUUUCUCUAUAUUUAGUUGCUGGUAGGUUGUGAAAGAUGAUCGAGCUACCCGAAAUCUACUGUCGCCUUUAUGAGCAUAGGAAAAACAGACUCUGCUUCACUGUGGAUCAGAUAUUUCUGAUUUUGAAAGACAUUGCAGAAGGAAAAUCCGCUGCUUCUGUGGUACCGAAUGGCAGUACGAUUCAUGUUUGUUAUUGUCUUGGAUAUAACAAUAUUACAAUAAUUCAGAGAUGAUACCAAUAUCUAUGCUAGAGGAUAAUCUUUUCUUGUCAAUGGACUGCUUAACUCCUUCAUUGGUCCGAGCUCAUAUGUGAACUAUGUGGAAUGACUUGAUACUUCAUUGUCAUCCGCCUACUAACCUCUUCUAUUUGAUUUAGGGAGGGACACUGUCUGUAGGUAGAUUAUUUGUCUUAGUAGUGGUGGUAAGAUUUCUGAAUGAUAUUCUCAAUGACAAUCAAGGAAAAUCUUGAUGUGAAAAACUUUCAAUAUCGAUCAUCAUGUUUAUACUUCUCAUUUUUUUGUCACAAAGCAUGAAUGAUAGGAUAAGACGUGGUUUUUUCGAUUAUUUGCAAGAAUUUCUUCAGAUCUUUGAAAUGCUUGUACUAUUGACUUCCUCAAAUUUGACAAUGGAUAACCAUAUAAUGUCUUGCUCUCAUCCGAUCUCUAUCUUUCAAUUCUAUGACUGUUUUGCAGGCAAAAAAAUUCGUUGCAUAGUCUGCACAACACAUUAAACUCGCAAAUAGCUGCAGCAGAGCAGCUCUCUGACUGCCUUUCGAAACAAAUGGGUUUGUUGAAAAUAAGUUCACCUCCUGCAAAGCAGCAUUCUGUAAGAAAAGAGUUGCUUGAAUCAAUUGGCCUCGAAUAUGACUCCGACUCCUUCCAGUCUCCAACGCAGAAAAAGGCUGUUUAUUCCCCAGAGUCUUCCAAGAGGAUUUCUUUCCUACCAUUGUCAUCUAGGGCUGGUGAGAAAGUCAGGACCACAGUGGGGGCCCUAAAGGCCGUAGAACCAGAGAGUUCGAGGAGGAGGAGAGACUCAUUGGACAGGGUAAUAGUUUAUUGCACUAUUAAUAUGCAUGUUAUCAUAUCGUUGCUUGUCAUAAUUUUGUAUCAUGUCAUCGUUGUUUGUGGUUGACACUUCUGUCUGAAGCUAUAUCACAUCCAUUGUUAUGUCUCGGAUGAUGAAAGCCUAUUUUGAUAUCUUUUUGCGGGAACACGUUGAAAAUAAAUGUGGUUCGUGUAAAGAAAACUGUUUCUCUAAAGCAGAAGCUUAGAAUCAGCGUGAAGACCAUUCACAUAACUUGCUAAAGUGUUAAGAUGCAAUAGUGAUGACUUUAUGUACAGUUUCUGUCGGUAAUAGACAUUUCCAUUGAUAUCAACUGGCAAAUAACUUUUCCAAGAAAGAAAAAAAUGGCAUCAGCCCCCAAAGGCCAGGAAAACUGACCUUUAAGACUGAGAAUUAUUCUGAAAAUUUGCAUCUAGGAAGAACAUUAGUUUCAAUUAUGUGAACCACUUUGUUAUAUUUCGGUUUAGUUUUGAAAUAAGAACCCAAGUAUAAAGAAAAAUGGAGGAGAUUUGCUUUGUAACGUUGUGGUCCUUAUCUGGAGGUGGUUUAAUAGCAUAGAACAGGAGUAGUAAACAAGAACCCAUCUCUAUGCCUGCUCGAUACAAAAAAUAUGAGAGAUUUUUUGUGAGAUUUCGUUUCUUCUAUUUGAGAGAAUAAUACUUGAACUAUCUUAAGGUUUCUGUAACAUUCGUGUAGUUUAAGGCUUUUUAUUUUCUUUUGGGGAGUGACGACUUCAUCUUGUAGCAUCUGUUGAAACCGAAAUAAAGCAACGAAUCUAGAAAAAAAUCCUUUAGGGAGAAUUUGUUAUUGAAAAUAUUUUACAGCUUUGCCCCUCUGUGGAUAUUUCUAGCAAGAAUUAUUAUCUUGGCCUAUGUUUCUUGCAGAGUUGGAGUAGGUUCGAUCCUCCAAAAACCACUGUGAAGAGGAUGCAGCUAGAGGAACGCUUUAAGGUUGCCACUGAAAAGUUACGUAGCUCAGUUAAAGAGGAAUCUGGUCUUCAAGUCUCAGAGGGGACUUUCUCUCUACACCAGGGUCAGGUAACGCCGGAUCCUUCCUUGCAGUUGUCCAUGAACAGGUUCCAGUCUCGAGUGGACAACAUUAAGAAAGGUAGAUCACCUCUACAUCCCACAAUUUUUUAAUCAUAUUCAUUGGACCCUUAUUUUGUCAAAUGAAUGGCGUGGCCUAUUCAUGAUUACUCUGUUAUUUUUCUAUCUUUUUAGAAGAUGAUCAGAACAAGUCAUCCUGGCAAUUAUCUGAGCCUCAGUCUAGUUCUCAUUUCAAAUGGACAAAGGAUCUUUCUCAAGUCUCCCAAACCGGAGGAACCAGAUAUCCUGUUGCAUCUGAUGUGCAAACUGGUCUCCAGUCGACCCCAGUUGCACUGCCAUCAUCACUAUCGAAAGGUUUAGUGGAUAAGUUUGGCAAAGAAAUGUCACAAACAACUAAGCAACCUGUUUCUUCUAAAGUGGAAAUAGAGUCGCAAACUAGAGAGAAAGUUAGGGCAGAGAUUGGCAUGCCUGCUCCCACUUCUAUCCCCUCACAGAAUGCAUCACCAAUUAAAGCAUCCCAAUCAAGUGAGGCAUGGAUCGUGAAGAGCAGUGAGAAUGGUGCUAUGAGCAGUGGACCUUCCCCAAAGAUCAUGGGCAGAUCAGUCAUUCCUGACAGUUCAUUUCGUCUAUCGGAGAAGAGCCGUUUAUCUCUGUCAUCUAACAUGAGUGGAAACGUUUCCCAGGUGAAGACAGUGGGAACACCGUCUAGUACACCCUUUUCUGGUACAAUCUCGACGUCAAGUUCAGUUGUCUUACCUGUGCCAUCACCAACACCUCUGCCAUCUCCCCUUGUACCUGUGUCAACUUCAGCAUCUGCAUCUCCUGCUGUUUUUGGAGGAUCAUCUUCUGCCACUGCUUUCUCUCUGGGUCCCAGCCAGACUUCUUCGUCUUCAAUUUCUUCAGUUGCUCCUGUUGAGCCCCUUCGUUCUUCUUCGAAUUUAUCGUCUCCACCACAGAUCUCAAAGAUCACAGGACCAGCUUCAAUCCUCCCCAAGGAUGUAACUUCGCAGCUUCCACAAGCUCAGCUAGUGACUUCACAGGCUAUAUCUGCACUUGAUUUUAGGCCAGCUGAAGUUCUGUCCAAGCCUCAGCCCAGUGUUCCACAGUCUCUAGGCGAGGUUUCAACUGCCUUAAAAGCUGAUAGAAUAUCUAUGUUCACCCCUGCAGCCAGUCUGUCUUCAACCACUUCUCCUUUGUCUGAGAUCCCGGCCACCUCGUCCAGUUCUCAGACCAUACCAACCAAGGGUAAAGAUGCAGCAGAUAUUACAACUACAGAAGACGAUGAGAUGGAGGAGGAAGCUCCGGAUACAUUGCUCUCCCUGGGUGCAUUUGGUGGGUUUGCACUUGGGCAAACUUCUGUACCAAGUGCGGCUAAACCCAAUCCAUUUGGUGUCUCACUCAACACCAGUACAGCAACCCCCACAACUCCAGCGUUUUCCCUGGCAGCACCUGCCGGUGAGCUCUUCAGACCAGCAUCAUUCAGUCUCCCAACAUCUCAGCCAAUGCAAUCAAGUCAGCCAAUGACUUCUGGCGGAUUUUCCGGCGGUGGUUUGAGCGGGUUUGGCCGCCCGGCACAAAUUGGAGCCGGACAGCAGGCACUCGGCUCUGUUCUUGGUGCUUUUGGGCAAUCUCGUCAGCUAGGCCUCAGUGCCCAGGGAGCUGGUUUAGCUCCCUCUGGUGGCUUUGGGGGGACUGGCUUCUCAACUGCUGCAAUGAGUGGUGGUGGCGGGUUUGCCGCCGCAGCCACCCCUGGAGGUGGGUUUGCCGCUGCAGCCACCCCUGGAGGCGGGUUUGCCGCUGCAGCCACCCCUGGAGGCGGGUUUGCCGCUGCAGCCACCCCUGGAGGUGGCUUUGCCGCCGCAGCCACCACUGGAGGCGGGUUUUCUGCUGUGGCACCUAGUGCUGGCGGUUUUGCGGCCGCAGCUUCUGCUAGUGGUGGAUUUGGAGUCCCACCGGGAAGCGGGUUCGCAUCAGGUCUGCGCAUCAUUUUCUUUGAGAUGGGCACUUUCAAUUCACUCGUCUUUGGAAAGCAAUUGUAGCUCUGGCAUUGGCCGGCUACUGCUUGAUUCUAUCUACUCUUGUGGACUAUGACCGAUUGGCUUCCUCAAUCUGAUGCGGUGAAAUCGUCUCGCUUUCAGGUGGUUUUGGGUCAUUCGCCCCAAAGCAGAGUGCUGGUGGCGGCUUUUCCUCAUUUGGCGGUGCAUUAGCGACUGGCGGCAGUGGUGGCUUUUCCUCAUUUGGCGGUGCAUCAGCGGCUGGCGGCGAAAAGCCUCCGGCCUCUCUUUUAAUGCAGAUGAGGAAGUAA